AGCACGCAAACCUGAUCAAGGUUGGUAGGUUGGUGGCGAAGAAGAAAGGUUCGAGCUAUCAUACAAAAAGUCCAGCCAGAGAAACCCCCCCCCCCUUCUCCUCUCCUCUCUCCUCUCUAAGGUUUGCUUCUCUCAACAGACGCCAGCGUUGCACUUGUUCAUCCAUUUUAGGGAUCAAUCUUUGUUUCUGAGCCGACUGACCACACUUCCUGUCAAUUGUCACUCCGUUCCUUUUCUUUUUCUUCCCUUCUCCCUUUUUUCGGCUGACCGCUUGCUUUCGGUAUCAGCUUCUUUUUUUCUUCUCUCUCUCUCCCUCCCAUUGCUUUUCUGAGCUGAGUCUCUUUCUUCUUUAAGUUCUCCUCCUCCUCUUCAUUUUUCACCUUCUUUCUCUACCUCCAGCUUUCCCCCCCUAGCCAAACUCCGUGGCCACGAUUUCUUUUCGGAUCCUGUUGACGCUUUGGUGUGUCGCUCUUAAUUCAGGAUGGCCGAAGUUUUGUCUUCCCCUGGAUACCACCAUAUCCACCUCUCCACCACCUCCUCCUCUCCAAAUACUUCCGGAAACUCAAUGGCUACCACCGCUGCGUCUUUGGCGCCCAACUCCUCACUAGACAUACUUCUUCCUGCCCCUUCCGUCGUUAAUACGUCAGAGGGGGGCAAAGUUGCUACCGAAAAGGAGGUGGAUCAAUUAAUUCAAAAAAUGAAGUCUCCAAUUUUGGGAAUCGACUUCACUCGCACCGGACGCCCAAGACGUGCUUCUACUCAUUUGCUUACGGUCGGCCCGCAGAACGUCUGUGACGUGAUUAACGAUUCAUCUGCAACUAAUCUCGUCGAUAGUGGAUGCUGCGGCGGAGGUUGCUCGCGUCUUCCGCCUCUUCCGGGGAAUUCUGUCUCACUUGACACCCGCAGUCGCACCGCGUCGGAGUUUGUCAAGGCCCCGGACAACGCCGCGUUCAAGAGUCUUAAUUUGAGAUUGUCCCCUUUAACUUCCAGAGAUAGACUUACUGGAAUCACAGCCCUCCCUGCCCAGACCAUUUCCAUCGAACCUGCCGAUGAGGAAGAGAAGCACGAAUCUACCGUCUACGUUCACCCACCAAAAUACGUCACGCCCCACCCGCCUUGGGCUGUUUAUUCGGCCAAGAUCGACUCUACACGUGAAUUGACCAAAACCGGGGCGCCAAAGAGGACCUACCACUUUGAUCUUGACGUUACCGACUACCCGGAGGAAAUUAGUGGUGUUGAUUUUCGUGUUGGUGGCGCUAUCGGUGUCGUCGCUCCGAACGAUUUCAAACUCGUUGCCGAGGUUUUCGACAUUCUUGGAAUCGAUGAGGAUGAACUCGAUGCCCCAAUCCAGUUGAGCACCCAAGGAGGCAGAUGGCCUACUAUUUGGGGAAAAGCAAAGGAACGUGCGUUGACCACCACUCUGAGAGAACUCAUGACUUGGACCGUGGACAUUCAAUCUUAUCCUCCUACCAAAAAUCUAUUUCGUCUGUUGGCAGAAUAUGCUAAGGAUGAGGCGGAAAAAACAAUUUUGCUAUACUUAUGCUCCAGACAGGGCCAAGCGGCCUUCUGCGAGUUGCGCACGGGUCCUUACAUAUCUCUGAUCCAGCUUCUCAACGCUUUUCCCUCAUCUAAGCCUCCAUUGGAUCACUUGCUGUGCAACCUUCCAACUUUAAUGCCGAGGUUUUACUCUUUGUCCAGCGACCCCCGCGAAUCUAAGAGUAAAGACCGCCGCAUUAUCGAGAUUGCUGUUACCAUACACGAGCAUGAGGAGGGAUGGCGUAAGGGUAGUCGUACCGGCGUCGGCUCCGGCUUCUUCGAGAGAUGUGCUAGAAGGAUAAUCGACGAAGGUGCCGACGACAUUCGUAUUCCCAUGUUUAGAGGUCUCAUGGCCAAUCCCCUGGCGAAACAAUUCCAGGCGGAUGGUCCUAUGUUGCUUAUCGGUGCUGGUGUCGGUAUCGCUCCGUUCAGAGGAUUUGUUCAAAGGAGACUUCAGAGCGCGAAUUGUGCUAAUAAAGUCUGGGUCAUCCAAGGUGUUCGCGACUCUCUUCUGGACGAGUUAUACUCUGGUGAAUGGGGAGAGCACGAAGACAAGAUCCGCAGCGUCGUCCAAUCGCGUGUCGGCACGGGCCGCUACGUGCAGGAAGAGGUCUAUGCGCAGGCCGAUCUUGUCUGGUCCAUUGUCAACUCCCUCGACGGUCGCGUCUUUGUCUGCGGAUCUUCCAAGGGUAUGGGUGAAGGUGUUCAUGAGUCUCUUGUCAAAGUGGUCAUGAAGAAGAGCAUGCUCGGCCGUGAACAAGCCGAAGAGUUUUGGGAGCAGAAGAAGGAGGAUGGACAAUACAUUGCUGAAACUUGGUAAUUCGCAGCUGUACCAUCAAUCACGCUGUUGGACUUUGUUCUUCUAUUGCAUUGAUCCUUCUUCUUGAUUGACCCCAUAAAAUUGUGACGGUUAUGAUUGUGCUGGAAUAACAUUUCCUGUUCCCCUUUCCUUCUUAUAUAUUCUCUUUUCUUUUUUCUCUUUCUUCCUUCAUUCUUGGCUAUCAAUUUUGCUACUUUUUCACACGUUGUGGACAUCAUAGAGGUGGGAACUAGAACCGUAGAAGUUUUUUUUUUGCUUUAUAUAAACUUUUUUCUUUUUUGCGGUUAUAUACCAGUGGGGUUAGCUAUUGUGUAUGCGCAGGGAGGGGCCGUUUUCGGCUUUGGUUUCCCAAACUUGUUGUACGGCGUUGGAAUCAUCAUCACCAUCAUCAUCAUCAUUAUUGCUGUCAUGUUUAUAGGAGGGGUUUUUUUCUUUUCUAUUCUAGCUAUUGUAUAUAGCUACUCUACUCGUCACACAAAUACAAUUUCUAACCAUGUUGAGAUCCAAA